AUGACUGAGAUAUUCGCUGCUCUGAUAUGUAGACCUCCGAGGCACUCAUACACGUUGACGGACUUGGGCCCAGCUCGAUUUCGGAUGGAUGGAAAAUUGUAUUCAAGGACAGAUUUACAGCUCUACAACAAACGAGGGCAGAGAAUAGAGUGCAGCCACUACCGAGCUGGUCCCAACGAAUUCAAUGAUUAUCAACCAUCACCUUGUGUGGUUUAUCUGCAUGGGAAUUGUGGCAGCCGUGUUGAUGCUGAUGAAAUCGUAGAAGGACUUCUUGAAGAAGGAGUCUCGGUGUUUUCAUUGGAUUUCUCUGGUUGCGGUCUGAGCGAUGGGGAUUUGGUCUCUCUUGGAUUCUUUGAGCAGGAUGACCUGUCUUGUGCGCUUGAGUACUUGGCAAACGAUCCAAACACAACAUCGGUGGCCAUCUGGGGUCGAAGCAUGGGAGCAGUUGUUGCUUUACUGGUCGCUGGGAGUGAACAGUUUAAGGGGAUUGCAUGCUUGAUUUUAGACUCUCCGUAUUCAUCACUUCAACAGCUUCUAGAACAACUGGCUCAUAAGUACAUCCCUCAGGUUCCACUGCUUCCUUACGACAAGAAAGCAAACUACGAUCUCUUUGAUGUGGAGACAACUUCUCCUGCGAGCAGAUGCCGCAUGCCGGCUUUGUUUGCCCACGCAAAAGACGACCAGCUCAUCCCAGCAACACAUUCGAAGUUGCUGAUGGACGCUUAUGCUGGGGAAAAAGAACUUUUGGAGCUUGAUGGAGAUCAUAAUAGCGCAAGGGAAGGUGAAUACCUCAAGAAAGUCUCAUCGUAUCUGGUCCGAAACCUCUCGUCCUCACCUCCUCUGACCAUCGAGGUGGUUUGA